AUGCUUACUACGUUUCAUUUGUUAAAGUGCUCAACGCUGCCAACUAAUCCUGUUACUAUGACUACCGUCUGUCCAUUUGAGAUUCCUCUCACGCUUUCGGAACGCGACCGUCAAUCAAUGCACAAUUUGGCGGAACGUUUUGUCAACGAAACAAUGCUGGAUUAUGAGCAGGUUCUGGCAAGCAAAAGCGGUUUGCCUAGUGCCGCUCGUUGGAAACCACUUCGACACAAAGAUAAUGUCGUGAUAUACCAGGAUCAGCUAGUGAUUGAAGAGAUCAAGCGUGAGAAUCGCAAAACGAAAUCACUCGGUGAUGUUAUUGAUUUCUCUCGGGUUGGUGAUCUGCUGUCGAGAAGUAUGGGCCCAGGCACGUUUCCGUCAUCAUCUGCAUCUCCUUUCAAUAGAGACACAGCGUUGAUCGAACCAAAGAAGGCGCCGAAAAUGAUCUGGAUGGGAACCGUCGAGUGCGAGCUAGACGAUCUCAUGUACGGCCUUGGUAGUCAGAGUGAAGAGGUGACUCGGAUCAAUUAUUCGUAUGCUGGUAAAAACAUUCAAGACUUUACUACACUUGCUUCGUUAGAAAAGUCAACACCCAAUGACGUGUUCCAUUCCUUGCAGCUCAAGUGGGAAGUCAACAGAGCUUUGACGAGAGCAAAACCCGUGUGGCGCUGCCGCGACUUUGUAUACCUUGAGGCAACAGGCGUAACACUGUGCCGUUCAACAGGACAACGCAUUGGCUACCAAAUCUUGCAUUCCCUGGACGUUCGUGGUGUUCCUGAGCUACCAGGACGCAAACUGACUCGUGGAAAAAUAACAAUCUAUCAGUUGUUCCGCCAGAAGUCCAAGGGCACCGUUGAAGUGUUUGCAAAGGCAAUGGUAGACUUGGCUGGGGACAUUCCUGUCAACAUGGCAUCAUUUGCAACCAUUGAAGCAGCCAAUUCUGUGAACAUAGCUGCCAGGUGUGCUCGCAAACGGAAGCUCAACUGGCUGCUUGUCACUGCAGCGGAUCAUUAUCCGAACGGCGCUUCCGCGAACCAGAGUAAUUCUUGCUGUAGCGUGUGUGCUCGAAAGCUUCGCAACGCUUUUGGACAGAAAGCUUUUUUUGAAUGCCACAUUUGCACUCAACGGGUAUGUCACCGAUGCCAUGUACGCCAAGAACUGAGCUUUAUCAAGCCCAACAAGAGUUUGGUCAUUGUCGAGCAGAAAUCGCUCGACUUGUGCACGCCCUGUGUACACAGAGCAACACAAACGAAUGCUCGGCGUGUAGCACUUGAAGAGAGUGCGCUCAAAGACCCGGCAUCGAUGUACAAGUAUAUUCCUCGUAAGAAGAACUUUACGUUGGACAGGGGCACAUGUUGCGACGAGGUUGAAACUGCGAUAGCGACGACGGGAAAUACAAAUAGUCUAACCCAUACAGCCGUUCUCUUCGAUCGAGUCACGGAAGUAUUUCACCGCCUCUUUUGA